GAGAGGGGGGGUGGGGUGGUACGAGUGCAAUUUUUUCAACAAAAAAAGACACGGCAGGUGACGACGAGGGACUUGUUACACCCGCAAGAGCACAGAUAAACCACUUUCGGGGGGUUUCAUGAGCAUGGAGAUGCUAUGGAUUUGGAGUGAUUUGAGUAAUCGGGCUUACAACGAACUCUCGUGAUUCUACUGGGAAGAAUAACUUUAAAAAAUGUUCGUUUCCCCCCCGAGCAGCUGUAUAUGCAAAUGCAAAGUUGUUUCUUUCCCCAGUGAAGAGUCUGGGAUACUGACUCGCAGUACUCGUGCACGUAUCACUGCCAGAGAUUAUUUUUCAUCAUCGAGAGAUAACCCCAAAAAGCACGAGACAAAAUACCCACCCAAGUACGAAAUGAGAUUUUGAGAGGAAAAAAUUACAGUAGAUGGCUCUGUGUGUUUGUUCCAAUUGUACUGAUUCAAUAUUGUUUUCUAACCUCUGCAAUAAAUACUCCACUCAUCCAGCUAUCGGAGCAAUAAUCACAAGUUCCGUUAUUUGAUAGUGUUUUUGGUAUUGAGUUUUAACAAUGGAUAGAUCAAUGAACAGUGAAUUUUCAUCUCAAUAUGACCAGAUCCACCUCUCAUCAGAGGAACUGGAGACUCAAAAACUAGCCGAGGCAAUGAAUCUAAAGCUGACUCUCCCAGAAUUGAAAAUACUCAAAGAGUGUCAACACAACGCUGUGUAUCAGAGAGGUCUGCCAUUGGGGAUGGUAACAGGGGCUAGUACGUACUAUUUUAUGAAAACUGGAAAAAUUCCCAAGAGUCCCCUAUUGUGGCUGGGUUCCGCGGUAGGGGGUUUUUUAGCUGGGACCAUAUCUUAUCGGUCAAUUUGCAUGGAGAAAUUGUUAGCUCUGCCUGAGAGUACUUUGAAGGAAAGGAUUCUGGAGGCGCAGGGAAAGCAGCGAGAAGUAAAGAUUGAAGUUCCUUCUCAGGAUACUGGAUCCUGGUUCGACAGUAUGUUGCCCACUGAAACUGCACCAAUGGGAUCUUCUCUUGAUUUUGAUACCCAUCAAUCCAAUGGGUUCGAUGAGAUGCCGAGGAGUCAAAACGAUUUAGAUACCCAUUACGCAAUAGAUCCACCUCUACCUCCAGCGACUUCUGCCUUUAUCACCUUCGACGAUCUGCGACGUGAAAAUCGCGAGCAAUACGAACGAUCGCAGAAUCAGCAGUCGUCAAUGACCAGGAUGCCUCCGAGGGGUCCAGGAAGCCCACAACAACCUCCACAGUCCAGACCCAGUUCAGGUGGUUAUUACGAUCCACCACCACGUCCAGCCAGUGAUGACUUUCUCCGUUAAAUUGUGAUAAUUGGAGUAGUUUUUGUUUUGCUUCAUUACUUUGUACAAAUAUAUGUUAAGGAAAAACAACAUGCACUUAUAAAUAUAUCAUGGAGCAUUUGAUGUAAAAGAGAGUGACAUUUUCACAUGGUCGAAAAAAUGUCAGCUAGGAUUUUAAUUCAUACAUUUAUGAAAUUUCUUUAUUUUAAAGUCAUCAAUUUGUGGGUGCACACAGGAAUAAAGAUCAUUUCAUUAUUUACAA